GUUAAGUGCUUCUCUGUCUUCCUCUUCUUUUCUCUCUCUCACUCAAAAUCUCGAUUGCUCGAUUCGUUGUUUGCAGCAAUGAGACACCAAUGGCGUCUUCUUCAACCUUUUCUUCGUUCUCAUCAUCGCAUUUCCAAUCAUUCGCAACACAUUCAGGUGCUUCGCUCUUUCUCUUCUGUUAUCCCUCGCUUCACCACCAAUUCCACGUUCCCUUUAAACCCUAGCUUUCGCUCUUUCUCUUCCGAACCCGUUCUUGCACACACAGAUUCCGAUCACGUCCUUGUCGCCGAAAUUUUCUCGAAACAUAGGGAUUCCGACGACGUCAAGAAUCUCCUUGAUUCGAAUCGCGUUUCGAUUAAUCAUGACGCUGUCCUCGCGCUUCUGGGGAAGCUCGAUUCCAAUGCUGACGUGGCACGGAGGUUCUUCCAAUGGGUUUCGGAAAACGACCCCGAGAAGUUGAGCUCCAAAUGCUACAACUCGAUGCUGCGCGUUUUGGGGACCAAUGGUUUUGUUGAUGAGUUUUGGGAAAUGGUUGGUGUUAUGAAGAAAAAGGGUUAUGGGAUUUCCAAGGGUGUGAAAGAGAGAGUUUUGGAGUGUUUUGAAAAGGGUGGAAUGGAUGGUGAUGUGAUGAAAUUGAAGGGUUUGUUUGAUAAAUCGAAUGAGAAGAGUUUUUCUAGAGUGUGUAGGAUUGUGCGGCACAAUGUGUGGGAUGAUGAUGUUGAGAGGCAAAUUAGGGAGUUGAAUGUUGGGUUCUCUGGCGAAAUGGUUAAGUUGGUUUUGGAGAAUUUGAGUUCUGAACCGAUGAAGGCUUUGAUAUUUUUCAGGUGGUUGGAGGAGAGUGAGAUAUUUAAGCAUGAUGGAUGCACUUAUAAUGCGAUGGCGAGGGUGUUGGGGAGGGAGGACUCGAUUGAUCGGUUUUGGAAGCUUGUUGGUGAUAUGAGGAAUGCCGGGUUUGAGAUGGAGGUUGAGACAUUUGUUAAGGUUUUGGGGCGGUUUUGGAAAAGGAGAAUGAUUAAGGAUGCUGUGGAACUUUAUGAGUUUGCUAUGGCUGGCGCAAAUAAACCUUCGCCACAGUGUGCAACCUUUCUGUUGAGAAAGGUUGUUGCUGGUAAGCAGUUGGAUAUGGAUUUGUUUUCAAGGGUUGUGAAGGUUUUUACUGGAAGUGGGAAUGCUGUGACCGAUGCUAUGGUUAAUGCUGUUUUGAAGUCUUUAACCAGUGUUGGUCGGAUUGGAGAGUGGAACAAGGUUUUGAAAGAAAUGGAAGAUUGUGGGUUUGUUGCUAGUGGUAAUUUACGGAGGAAAAUUGCUUUUCAACUUAGUUCUACUGGUAACAAGGAACAAGCUCACGAGUUCGUGAAUAGAAUUGAAGCAUCUGGGUCUAAUCCAGAUCAGAAGACUUGGGAAUCUUUGGUCGAGGGACACACUGUAGCUGGGAACCUUGACAAAGCUUUUGAUUCUUUUAAAGAGAUGGUUGAGAAAGAGGGGGUCACUUCUUCAGGCUAUACUUUUGAUUUGUUAGUGAAUUCUUAUUGCCAAAUGAAUAAGGCAAUAGAUGCAUGCAAGAUUCUUUGUCAACUGGUGAAUGAAAAAGAGUUAAAGCCCCGGCGUUCUACUUACAAGCUGUUGGUAACUAAGUUGUUGGUUCAGGGAGGAUUUGCAGAUGCUUUAAAUAUUUUGGGUUUAAUGAGAAACCACGGUUUUCCACCUUACACUGAUCCAUUUUUUGAACACUUGUCAAAAUGUGGAAGUGGUGAUGAUGCCAUACUGUUUCUCAGGGCGAUGACAUCAAAGAGGUUCCCAUCUACAUCUGUGUUUCUACGAAUGUUUGAAGCCUUUUUCGAGCAUGGACGGCAUGAUGAAGCACAAAAUUUCCUCUCUAAAUGUCCGCGUUACAUCCGCAAUCAUGCAGAUGUCUUGAAUCUCUUUUGUUCCAUGAACUCUAAAGAAGCUGCUUCUUCUGGUAUGUUGGCUGCUUAAGUUUUCAGAACAUAUCUCAUAUUGUACUCUUAAGAAGAAUGUACAAUGGCGUUUGUUCAGAAAUUUUGGUCAGAAUUUAUUCUUUUGUCCGUAAUUUAAAAAAGGAAGUUGAAUCUUGCCUUGAAUAAAGCCCAAAAAACCAAAAUUUUUGACGUUCUAAGAUUUUUUCCCCUUGCAAUUUGCAACUUGCGUUUCUGAUGUACUUCGUAGCUCUUGUCUUCAACAUCAUUAUUGAUUGAAGGACAGCAAACCAAUUCUUUGGUUGGUGCUUUGACAUUAGUGGGCUUCAUUUGUUCUUUGACUGAACCAUUUUCAUAUGGAAUAGUGGGACACUAGUAUGUUUCGAGUCUGUAUUAUUGGAGUUGCCAAACUUGGUUAGUUAUUCUCAGCUUGGUUUUCAGUGUUUCUUAACCAAUUUCAAUGAUAGAGGAGGAGCGACAACCGUAAGAAUUCGACAACGACAAGAAUAUUAUACUACCGUGUGAACACAAGAUAAUUGAAAUUUAUGUUU